AUGAACGAGCCGUUGCCUAUAUGGGUGAACAACAAAGCUUUAAUGCCUUCUAAAUCACAAUCUAUACUUGAUACAGGCCGCAGUCUCAGAGCCGCGAAAAGAGCCAUGAUAUUAACACAAUUUCAAACUUCAAUAGCAGGCCAGGUAAUGGAAGAAGGAGAGAGCGAACAGCAUCAUUAA